AUAAGCAGUCUAAAAAUUAAUGCUUUUUAUAUAAUGUUACUUCAUUUAAUACUUGCAGUGUGAUGCUAGUGCAUACAGCGACUAGAAGGAUUUUUUCCUCUAAUGCCGCACUCACACAGCUUAUGUGUUUGUGCGCACACCACCAAAGAGCUAUAAGCAAAUCUUAUUCACAUCCUCUUUACUAUCAUUAGUGCUGAGAAUGUCUGACUCAGUGUGGUGUCUGGUCUCCAAGAUUACAAUUUGAAUUUGAAUUAGCAAAAUCAUCCGUCUGCAUUUCUGCAAAAACAUUUUUUUGUUUUUUUAAGGAAGAAUCGUUCUUCCUCUUACGAUGUAUGACGUGAGAACUUCAUAUCUUAACAUGCUUCUGUUUAAACCUGCCACGGUUUGGUUUUGGAUUUAACAGAGUUUACAAACCUAGUAUCCCCUAGUUUAUGCAGAGGAUUGAAUGUCGUUAUGUUGUUUUCUAGCCUCUUUAUUUGAAGCCUAGCAGACAGUUAGAGUGAUUCCUGCUCUCUCAAGCAAGCAGACAGAAUGAUGCACAGUAAUCCUUUGCAGGGAUUUGUUCCCACUGUGCUCUUAGUCUCUCUGUGGUACCCUCUGAACCUCUGUCUCUGCCUCCCACAUUCAGAUAUUUUUCUUUCAGUCUUUUUGCUUAUUUCUAUUUCUGUCUCUGCCUCUCAUUUCUUUGCUCUCUGUCACCCCACAUCUCUCUCAUUUAAAGUUUUCUAAAGCUCUUAGGCGCUAAGUCUCCUGACAUAUCUGUGUGCAUGACUAACUGAGCUGAAGCCCUUUGAUACUUUCCCAGUGAUGAUCCCUGAGCUUGUCAGCGACAGGGUGUGAGGGUGAGGAGGAGGAGGAGGAGGAGGAAGAGUGCCCGGACCAUCCAUCCCAUCCCAAGAUUGUAGAAUGCAACACGGUUAAUCUAUAACCUGCUUGGGAAAUGGGUCAGUGCUUUGGCUACUGACAGGCAAUGGAUGGUGCCUGCUUACCUUGCAGCUUACACGGGCAAAUCUUUAAUAUGGCUGGAUUUGGGAUGUGGGAGAAGGGUUUUAAUACUAUAAUCUCUGGGAUGAUAGUUUCCCAUUAUUCAGCAGUGGUUUCUUGCACAGGGAUGAGGGAGGGAUGUUUGUUGCCGCUCUUGUCACGUGGAGCACUUUGUUGACUAUUAAAGAAAAACUCUACGAGCAAUGUUGAGUGAUCACUUUUGCUCGUUGUCAGUUAUAUUUACCAACUGAGAGAUUAAGAGGAACAGCCGCAUGUGUUCAGUGACUCUGUGUGUGUAGAAGCAGUGUGUGAAUGUGCGUGGUUCCUGUUCCUGUGUGUCGAAACACCAGUUGAUGGAGGGACGCCUUGCUGAUAUCACUUCCUUCAAAGUCUUGUGGUUUCUCUCCUACAACUGCAAACUGCUUUGUCUGAAUGCUGGAAGCUGCUGUCAGAACAUUUUGUGGGUUCAAACAGUCAGCCUUAAUUUAAACAUUCAUUUUGACUGGCUAUAAAUUCCUCCUCCACUUUUAAUAACGCUGAUUCCACCUCCUCAGAUCCACUGGAGUUCUUAGCAUCUACAAAUAUGAGGAUCAGUUUAAAGAGGAUCUUUGUACCACGUUGUGGCUUAGUUUCAUCAAAAAGCACCCAGCGUCAGUAGGUGCACACUGUAGGUUCCCAUAUCCGGAGUGCGCCAUUUUGUACACUUCCUUUUUAUGGUGCAGUUUUCAUUUUUCAGCCGGCCUCAGUCGUAUGACGCUGUGGAGCCCUUGGACCUGGAGGAAUUCCUGAUGUCACAGUUAAGAAGCGGGGAUACAGCCCUGAUGCAGGAACUUGGAGAAUUCCCUGACGAUGACCUGAAGGUGGAGCAGGUGGAGAAGGAGUGUCGCACAGUUCGACACCCUGUCCCUGAAGACGGAUUGGAGUUGGACCCACAUGUGAGAGACUGUGUAAAGAGUUACACCCAGCCGUGGCUUGUGGUCUCCAGAAGGUGCCAGGGGGAUGGCUGGGGUGCGUAUUCAGAGCGAACAGGCCUGCACAAACUCCUUCGGAAACAGACCUUUGAGUCCGACGUCCAGCCAGAGAACCCGCAGCCAGUCAAGUCUCCAAUUCUAGCAGGGCUGAGUGAUGACUCUGGCCGUACGCUGACCUCCUCAGACUUUAACUUGCGGUGUUUGACCCCGGACCAGAGAGUGGAGGGGCUGCUGGCCUUCAGCAGUCACGAGGAGCUGGACCGCUUCAACCAAGAGGCGCGGCAGGGGAACAGACAUCCCGAGCUUUUUGCUCUGUGCCCACCAUUCGACGAGGAAGAAGCAGUGGAGAUCCGGCCCCUCCCUGACUGCCCCAAAGAACACAUUGGAGACCGCAUCCUGAUUCGAUGCCAGACCAUCAAGUUUGAGAUUGAAAUUGAGCCCAUAUUUGCCUCCAUGGCCUUGUAUGACCUGAAAGAGAAGAAGAAGAUAUCAGAGAACUUCUACUGUGAUUUGAACUCAGAACAUUUUAAAAACUUUUUGAAACAUCACACUCCACAUGUGGAUCAGUCCACCCAGGCCAAAUCUGCCAUCUUCUCCAUCACCUAUCCUUCCCCAGACAUCUACCUGGUCAUCAAGCUUGAAAAAGUUCUCCAGCAGGGAGAGAUCGGCGACUGUGCUGAACCCUACAUCACAUUGAGGGAAUCCGACUCUGCAAAGAACAAGGACAAGCUUGAGAAGCUGCGGGGUCAGACGGAGUCGUUCUGCCAGAGGCUUGGUCGCUAUCGCAUGCCCUUUGCCUGGGCAACCAUUAAUAUCAUGGAAGUCAUCUCGACUGCUAUGAUGGACCGCGAUGUCACAGACUCUGACAGCUUAAAAGGAGGUAAAUCAAGCAGCAUUGACCGGAGAGCUCAGCUUCCCAGGAGGAAUUCUGAACGUUACAGUACCAUUGAUGAUCAGUUUUGCAACAUUUCAGCUUUCAAGACUGCUGUCAUCACUAUCUCCACCAUCUUCAAACAGGAGGGAGAUCGUUUGAGUGAUGAGGACUUGCUCAAGUUCUUGGCUGAGUUCAAGAGAACCUCCAAUCCACAGAGGAGAAUGAAGAUAAUACCAGGCUCUAUAAAGCUGGAAAUGGCGCCGGUCCACGACACACCAGCGGGAUGUUUGUCCACUGAGCUUAUUCCCCUGACACCUGUGGCUGAGAAGAGCCCUCGGGUAGUUAAAGAGGUGCUGGAGUUCCCGUCAAGUGAAGUUUAUGUCCCUCACAACAUUUACAGGAACCUGCUCUAUGUCUAUCCCCAGAGGCUAAACUUUGUCAACAGGCUUACAUCAGCAAGAAAUAUCACCAUCAAAAUCCAGUUUAUGAGCGGAGAGGACCCAUCCUGCGCUCUGCCUGUUAUUUUGGGGAAAUCAAAUGGCCCUGAAUUUUUACAGGCAGUGUACACCCCUGUCACCUACCAUAACAAGUCCCCAGACUUCUAUGAGGAAGUGAAGCUGGUUCUUCCAGCCCGUCUGACAGAGAGACACCACUUGCUGUUUACUUUUUACCACGUCAGCUGCCAGCAGAAGCAAAACCAGAGCGGCAGCUGUGAAAACCUCAUUGGAUACUCUUGGCUGCCCAUGCUGAAUAAUGAUCGCCUGCAGACUGGUCAGUUCUGUCUUCCGGUUGCCUUGGACCGACUACCUGUCAACUAUUCUCUGCACGCGCCUGAGAAACUUCCUCCUCAAGCCCCCCCAGUCAAGUGGAUGGAGAGUCACAAAGGACUUUUCAACCUCGAGAUCCAGGCCGUGUCAUCUGUACACACACAGGACAACCACCUGGAGCGUUUCUUCACCCUCUGCCACGCCCUGGAGGGUGGAGCUAUGUUCCCGUUGCGGGUCAGGGAUGAGAAGAUCCCUGAGAACAAACUGGAGCAUGAGCUGAAGCUCAGCAUCAUCUCCUUGUCCUCCUCCAGUUUAGAACCUCUGGUCCUCUUCCUCCACCUGGUGCUGGAUAAACUCUUUACUCUCAUCAUGCAGCCCAUGGUGAUUGCAGGCCAAACUGCCAAUCUGGCCCAGAUAGCCUUCGAAUCAGUGGUGUCUAUUGUCAACAGUCUUCAUAACAGUCAGGAGCUGAACAGGGACCAGCAGGGUAGGAACAGCCUCCUGGCCACCUACCUUUACUGGGUGUUUCGUCUGCCUGAUCCCCCUCAAGACAUGCAAAAUGCGGGUUCAGGCAGUAUGAUACCUUCUGCAGAGAGCCGUUACAGCACCAUGGGUCGGGCCACAGCAGCCACAGUCGGUAAUAUGCUUCUCCAGUCCAGAAUCCGCAGCAGUAGCAACCCUGACAUCCCCGCUCCGUCUUCUCCUGAAGACAAUGAGGUCAAAAACAUCCUCUCUGUCAAGGGCCACAACAACCCAGGCAGCCGCAUGUCCACCUAUGUGGACGUAAGCAAUCACCAGAACCCCACAGGAAGCACCAGGCCAUCCAACAGAAAGCAGUUUCACGAGGAGUUGGCCCUGCAGAUGGUUGUCAGCACUGGGGUCUGCAGAGAGAAUGCAUACAAAUAUGCCUGGUUCUUCUUUGAGCUGCUGGUGAAAAGCAUGGCUCAGCAUGUGUCUAAUCUCGACAAGCACAACGUCCCUCGAAGAAGCCGCUUCUCUGACCGAUUUAAAGAUGACAUCACCACCAUUGUCUCUGUGGUAACAGCUGAGAUUGGGACCAUCCUUGUAAAACAACAUAAGGAGGUAGACCAAGCAGAGAAAGUCAACAUCAGCCUGGCGUUCUUCCUCUACGACCUGCUGUCUCUCAUGGACCGAGGAUUUGUCUUUCAGCUGGUGAAAAAUUACUGCAACCAGAUGUCAGCUAAGAGCGUGUCAAUGCCGACGCUGAUCAGCAUGCGCCUGGAGUUCCUGCGAAUCCUGUGCAGUCACGAGCACUACCUCAACCUGAGCAUCUUCUUCAGCAGCCCCGCGUCCGCUCCUGCCUCACCAUGUCCAUCUGUCUCUUCACAGAGUUCCGGCUCGUGUAGUUUUCAGGAGCAGCAGAGGAUCUUGGGGCUGUUUGAGCUUUCUCAGGAAUUCAAGCAGCAGCACUACCUCACCGGUCUGUUGCUAACAGAGCUUAGUGCCGCCCUAGACAUGGAGUCAGAGGGGGGAAAGGUCCAGAGAAAGGCCAUCAAUGCCAUCUACAGCCUGUUGUGUUCCCAUGAUCUUGACCAUCGCUGUAUUAAACCUGAGGUCAGAGCCAAGGUGGCUGCUCUCUACCUCCCGCUGGUGGGGAUUAUCAUUGACUCCACCAACUAUCUGGACUUCACUGUUUCUGACACGCGUGGUGGGAAAAACAAGACGGGCGGACCCGAGGAUGACCUUGAAAGUGUCCCACCCAUCAAUCAGUCUGUAGCCAUGGCGAUUGCAGGGAACCCCUUCAACACGCUGGGGCGUAAUGUCCUCAUUUCUAUGGCAUCCAUGCAAGGUAAAUCUGUAGCCACCCUGGCAGCGGACACCAGUCGUCACCUGUUGGUGUGUUUCCUGUGGGUGAUGAAGAAUGCUCACAAGAGUCUGAUUCAGCGCUGGACUAUGGAUAUGCCUCCCUCGCAGCUCAACAAGCUGCUUGAGCUCCUCACUAUCUGUGUGUCCUGCUUUGAAUAUAGGGGUAAGCAGAGCACUGACAAAGUGAGCACUCAGGCCUUACAGAAAUCUCAUCAGGCCAAGAUGCAGCUGGAAGAAGCCCUGCUUAGAGGAAUGGGAGCCCGCGGGGAAAUGAUGAAACGAGUUGGAGGCAUGGAUAGGACCGUGGGUCAGAAAGAGAACCUGCGAUGGAGGAAAGACCUCACACAGUGGAGACAAACUAAUGACAGACAGGAUAAGACUAAAGCAGAGUUAGACCAGGAGGCUCUGAUCAGCGGAAACUUAGCUACAGAGAGUAACCUCAUAGUGCUGGACCUGCUGGAAACCAUCGUACAGGCAGUUCCAUUAGCUGACUGUAAGGACAGUGUGGUUGGUGGGGUGUUGAAGGUGUUGCUCCACUCCCUCACCUGCAACCAGAGUACCACUUUCCUCUCUCACACCUUCAGCACAAUCAGAGCUCUUGUUGUCAAGUUUGGCGACCUGUUGUUUGAAGAGGAGGCUGAGCAGUGCGCGGACCUGUGCCAGAAGGUGCUUCAGUACUGCAGCAGCCCUGUCGAUGAGAACAGGAGCCAGGCCUGUGCCACCCUCUACCUCAUCAUGAGAUACAGCUACAGCAAUGCCAGCAACUUCUCAAGAGUGAAGAUGCAGGUCACCAUGUCUCUGGCCUCGCUUGUGGGCAAGUCCUCAGACUUCCAAGACGAGUACUUACGACGCUCACUCCGCACCAUCCUGGCCUACGCGGAGGAGGACGCAGAGAUGCAGAACACUCAGCUGUCCUCACAGGUGGAUGAGCUUCUAAGAAACCUUAACAGUAUUUUGUCGGACACAGUGAAGAUGAGGGAGUUCCAGGAAGAUCCUGAGAUGCUCAUGGACCUCAUGUAUAGGAUAGCAAAAGGCUACCAGACGUCUCCUGACCUGCGUUUGACCUGGCUGCAGAACAUGGCAGAGAAACACAACAACAGGAAGUGUUACACUGAGUCGGCUAUGUGUCUGGUCCACGCUGCUGCCCUGGUGGCUGAGUAUCUCAGCAUGCUGGAGGAUCACAAGUAUCUGCCUGUUGGCAGCGUCACCUUCCAGAACAUCUCCCCCAAUGUGCUGGAGGAGUCUGCGGUGUCGGAUGACAUCCUGUCCCCGGACGAGGACGGGGUGUGUUCGGGGCGCUACUUUACUGAGAGCGGCCUGGUGGGAUUGCUCGAGCAGGCUGCUGAGCUCUUCAGCAAUGGUAGUCUCUUUGAAGCUGUGAAUGAGGUCUACAAGAUCAUCAUACCUAUCCUAGAGGCUCACAGAGAUUUCAGAAAACUGGCAUCCACUCAUGACAAACUACAGAGAGCCUUCGAUAACAUCAUUCAGAAGGGAAAUAAGAGGAUGUUUGGAACCUAUUUCCGGGUGGGUUUUUAUGGGUCCAAAUUUGGCGACUUGGAUGAACGGGAAUUCAUUUACAAGGAACCAGGGAUCACACAUCUGCCUGAGAUAUCACACAGGCUGGAGAAUUUCUACAGUCAGUGUUUCGGAGACAACACGUUGGUGAUGAUCAAGGACUCUACACCAGUGAACAGAAAACAACUUGACCCCAACAAGGCUUACAUCCAGAUCACUUAUGUGGAGCCCUUCUUUGAUGACUAUGAGAUGAAAGACCGUCUGACAAACUUUGAGAAGAACUUCAACCUGCGGCGCUUCAUGUACACCACGCCCUUCACUAAGAGUGGGAGGCCACGGGGGGAACUCAACGAGCAGUACAAGAGGAAGACCAUCCUCACCACCAUGCAUGCUUUUCCUUACGUCAAGACUCGCAUCAACGUCAUUCAGAAAGAGGAGUUUGACCUCACUCCUAUUGAAGUGGCCAUAGAGGACAUGCAGAAGAAGACUAGAGAGCUAGCAGUUGCCACACAUAGAGAACAGCCCGAUGCUAAGAUGUUACAGAUGCUGCUACAAGGCUCUGUGGGAGCCACUGUUAACCAGGGCCCAUUGGAGGUUGCGCAGGUCUUCCUGAAUGAGAUCCCAGCAGACCCAAAGCUCUUCCGUCACCACAAUAAACUGCGCCUUUGUUUCAAAGAGUUUAUAAUGAGGUGUGGUGAGGCAGUUGAGAAGAACAAGCACCUGAUCACAGUGGACCAGAAAGAAUAUCAACAGGAGCUCAAGAAGAACUACAACCGCCUAAGAGAGAGCCUGAGGCCUAUGCUGGAGAGGAAGAUUCCUGAACUCUAUAAACCCAUCAUCAGGCCUCGGCUGGAGAAAAGGGAAUCCUUCAAGCGUCUGAGUUUCCGCAGAGCUCAUGAGGAAAACUCCUGAGAUGCCAUGGCUCGUCUGAGAGAAUAGAGAGAAAGAGCUACAGAGAGGAAGGGGAGGCUGUCACACAACGGAGAGAGGAAGAGAGAAGAUGAGAUGAAAAAGGAAAAAAUGAAAUAAGGAAAAGAACUGCUGGUGAUACCCUUUCACUCCCCUGUGCUGAAGUAGUACUUUGUCUCCAUAAAAUGGAGGUUUCUCAACAGCCCAGCAGUGAUUAUUGAUAUCUGCUGCAUGUCCGCUUUUAUGAUUUCAUGGUUGUUUGUUACUGGAGGCAAAAGCAGAGUGAGCACAUAGAAACAGGGAGUUGGGAAUCUGAAGCAAAGUGUAGCUUAUUGAGUAUUUCACUGUAAAAUCACCAGAUGCUUUGGCUCUGUUGAUUUCUCUUUUUAAGAUAACUGCAAGUCCUAGUAAUGCUGCAAACAUUAGAGUUCCAUUAGAGUCUUUGCUGGCCUAGAGCCUGCAUGCGUGCCGAUAAUGAUCAUGUACUGCGUGUACGUAAAUGUGUGAAUGUAUGUGUGUUUAUGUGGAAUGUUUGUGUGCGUUUGGAGUAGAGAUUUUGGUGCCAUACUGAAGUCACUUUGUACUCUGUCAGGAUAAAUGAUUCUACUAUGUUCUAAAGAGCCUUUGAAAUUCCACUCUGGGCGUCUAUGCAUGGUAUGUGGCAGUUAGAGCCGAAAGAGCGGGGAUGGAUUUGUGCACUGGAAAUAUGGACACAAUUUCCUGUGUUAACUCUUCAGGCCAUUCUUGUAUUAUUAGCGUUGGACAUACAGCAUUCAGCCUUGUGGCUUAUAGAAGAGUUAAAGUUAUUCAGAGUUAUCUGAUGUCACUUCACAGGAAGCAGAUAGACUUUUACGAGGCUCAAAAUUACACAUAAGCUUAUCUCUAAAUCGACAUUUUGUAUAUAGUAGAGAUAUUACAUCAGAUAGUUACAAAGGUUUUUUACAAAGGUCUGAAAAACUAUUUUGCAUUUUAUUUUAUGGAAAUUUAUUUUUAGAUGAAUAAUAGCAAUAAUGAUGUCAAUUGGAAAUAUUAUUCAGUAGGCAGAUUUCAAUGUCUGAGUGUACUGUAACAAUCUCAGUGUAUGUUCCAGUAAUCUCCGUACCUAUUUGCAAAUAGAUCACUUCUCACAAUACACACAGUGCCAAAUUUAAGUCCUUGUUUACUUUAGAACUGAACCAGAAAUGCAAUAUUUUGAAAUGUUGCUCCACACAGUUGCUGAAGCUGUGCUUUAUGCACUGUGAAUUAAUUUUUUUUUCCAUAUUUCAGAAUGCUUUCUGGAGCUGAAAUUCAUUACUAGUAUUUAACAGUGAGUCAGAUUUUAUUUUUUUUGACAUCCCUGAAACAGCUCAUCUGUGUUAUGUUGCAACUCAUACUGUAGUUCAGUAAUGUAAACCUGCUUGCUGUUUCAAAACUGGAUAUACAUUUUUAUAAACAUUAUUAAUUGUCAUUUAUGCUCUGUUUCCAGGUACAUCUCUUAUUUAUGAACUGUUGAAUGUUUUUAAAAUGGCUAAAUAAGGUGAAAAUAUUAUAGAGUACGUAGAAGUAAAAUGUACAUCCAUUUUUGAAACAUACAUUACUGAAAGUUAGUGUUAUAAGAUAAAUUGGUGGCAUUCAACCAUUGGAGACUGCAUUUGUUUCUUCAUCUGAUAUUUUUUAUGUUCAUACUUGUGUUUUACUAUGUGGAAUUUUUAAUUUGUCAUGCAUACAAUGUUGUUGAAGAACCUGAAUAAAAGUUAAUAUAUGCACAUUUGUCA